GCCUAGUAGCCUCGUCGUGAACGAUCGCCAGUGUAGUAUCGCCAGUCAGGCGAUACGGUGUGCGGCCUCGUGCACGAAAAGCGACGAUUUUCCACCGGGAUCCUCGUUCUAAACGACACAUAUGGAAGAUUAAGAGAAGAAUGAUAUAGCCAUGAACCGAUCAGGAGGCGAUCGUGACGAAAGGCCGACGGCUCAGAUGAUCCGUACACAUUGCACAGAACGGUGACAGAGCUGUAAAUUACAGCGAUGGAUAUACAGAAGAAGCACUUGUGCCCCCGCUUGGUGGAUUAUCUCGCCAUUGUGGGGGCCAGACUACCCUCAGUCUCUCGCCAGCCUGUGCAGGUUCCAGAGUUGCUGCGACGAUAUCCAGUGGAAGAUCACAAAGAUUUUCCAUUGCCGCUGGACAUGGUUUAUUUCUGUCAACCCGAGGGUUGCACCAGCGUGGGCCCAAAACGCACAGCCUUACGAGAAGCCACAUCUUUCACUUUCACCCUUACGGACAAAGACUCCGGGAGAACUCGCUAUGGUAUCUGCGUGAAUUUUUAUCGACCAAUAGAAAGGAUGGGAGCUGCGGUCGGGAGUGGAGUGUCGAUGAAAAGGGACAAGUACAAUACGACUUUUCGGAGGGAGAGUUGGAGGAAAAGCAUGGAAAAGAGCACCGAUUCUGCCUUUUCUAGCGACUAUAGGAGCAGUGCAGUGGGCCCUAGCGAUUCAGAAAAAGAUUGCCCGAGCAGCAGAAGGGACUCUGACACUUCGCAUAUACCAAGUGCACCAAGAUUAGGUAUCACUGCACCGAGUGGAGAUAGUGAAAGUGGAGGAAGCCAUUCUCCGUCUCCACGUGCUUCACGUAGACGACAGAGGAUACGAAAUCAUUCGCUAACGUCGUUAUGUAUCAUUUCCCAUCAUCCGUUCUUUUCGAUGUUCCGGGAAUGCCUUUUCAUUUUGAAGAAGAUCAUCGAUGCGUGUAACGAGAGUUCUUCACCGCAGAAAGUCGGUGCUUCCCGGCAGACCAACAGAGACACCGUGUGGAGCGUUUUAACAGGACAAACACUGGAGGGAACACCAUCGAUAGUGCUACACGAUGUCCGAGAGAUCGAGACGUGGAUAUUGCGAUUGUUAAGCAGCCCUGUACCUGUUCCGGAAAAGACACGCGUCGAAGUCGAGAUCGUGUCGCAAAGUAUGCAGCCACCACUCUGUUUUGCACUCCCAGACCACACUAGAUUUUCUCUCGUUGAUUUCCCUCUGCAUCUACCCCUGGAACUUCUUGGCGUUGACAUAUGCUUGAAGGUCCUCACGUUGAUUCUCUUGGAGCACAAGAUCGUGUUGCAAUCCCGCGACUACAAUGCCCUGUCGAUGUCCGUAAUGGCGUUCGUAACGAUGAUUUAUCCUCUGGAGUAUAUGUUCCCCGCGAUACCAUUGUUACCCACGUGCAUGAGCUGCGCGGAACAGUUGUUGCUUGCACCUACACCAUUUGUUAUCGGAAUACCCGCUACUUUUUUAUUGUUCAAAACGAACUUUAAAAUGCCCGAUGACAUUUGGCUAGUGGAUCUAGACAGCAAUAAAAUAAACGCACCUACUGGUCUGGGUGAUCAAUUGCCCCCAUUACCCGAACCAGAAGGCACCGUACUAAAGAACCACUUGAAACAGGCAAUGCAACUGAUGGACCAAACCGGCUCUGGUGCAAUGGCUAGUAUGUCAGUUCCGCAAACGCUUUCGCAAGACACUUCUCCGAGGACUUCUCUGCAAGCUCCAAGUAGAAGGGAAAGCCUAACUUCUCAUUUGUCCACUUUAAGUGUGUCGUCAAUGAAGCAUAGACCUAGCGUCGAGCAUCAUCCGAGUCCAGCGAGUUCCCCAGGAACCAGCGCGGCUUCCGGUCAUCGUCGCUCCUCCAUAUCUCAGACAGCGGGUUCCUCGUCACCUCAAAAACCAUUCUCUUCCCAAACCAUGCAAUCUUUCAACCCAUUCAUUUAUGGAAACGACGUGGACUCUGUAGACGUCGCUACGAGAGUAGCCAUGGUGCGUUUCUUCAACUCUCAGAACCUUCUGGCGAACUUCACCGAGCAUACGAGGACACUCAGGCUAUAUCCGAGGCCUGUAGUCGCCUUCCAGAUCAAUUCUUUUCUCCGAUCAAGGCCACGGACCAGUCAUUUCUUGAAUAAGUUCGCUAGAACUCAGGCGGUGGAAUUUUUGGCUGAGUGGUCGCUCACUCCCAGCAACGUCGCGUUCUUGAGAGUGCAAACAGGGGUGUUUGACCCAGCUCAAAUCGGAGACAAGCCAAAGUGGUACGCCUCGAAUUUAGAACCUAUUUAUUUUCCUGUUUGGGACAAUGGUAGCUCGUUGGCGAACGCUUUGAAGGCGAUGAAGGAACACGAGAGUCAACCGACUGACGAAAGCGGAUCUGACUCGGAAGGUGCUGAGAGUACGAGUUCCUCUUAUUCGUCGCUGAGCGAUUUUGUAUCCGAGAUGGUGUCAUCCGACUUAUCUCCAAGCUACAAUUGUUCACAAGUGGCGCAGCCUCAACCAAUGUCCCUGUCUGUGGACCCAAAGAACGUUUACGAUCCACCCAGUUCAUUGCGAUAUCCUGGAGUGGACGAAGAAUCGACAGUAAGGCCAGAAAGUCCUUUGAGCACUUCCUCCAGUCACAGUGACCUAAGCAGUCCUAGUUUCAACAGGGACUCUGAGUUCGAGUUAAACCCCAAAGUUCAAGAAGGUUCACAAUCAACCAAUGAUAAAGAGGAGGGUGGUAGCUUUGAGUCAGACUCAGCGUCCACGAUAACACCACGCACAAUCCUGAGCGCACAAAGUUCAGUAGGACAGUUUGGAGUAGGGAAGGGACGUUCUUUAGCGACUCCGAGCAUCGGCGACACUGAACGUCCUGCCACAUCCCACAGGACUUCUCGCGUCAGUAGAUAUGUCGUUCCUAUUCAACCAAGUGCGGCAAGCCUGCAGCGUCACCCAAGUGUGGGCAACGUUUUAGCAAGGACGUCGAGCUUUGGAGCAGGACCAUUUUCUCGACAGACGAGUAGUAACAGUAGCAACGAAAGUGAAUCGUCAAUGGUUUCUCGACAAUUAUCUGUGAAUACUAGUGGACAGAAGCAGGCCGAAGGUUUACCAAGACAAGCCUCCAGUGUGACUGGAAAUGGUGUGUUAAGACAAGGUUCUCAAGGAUCGUUGUUAGAACAAAUAGCGAGCCAGGCGAAGGAUUUGGUCCGUGAAACUAAGAGACAGAGCAGCCAGGAUGGAAUUCUUGCUCAGAUGGAUAAGUUGAAACAUCAGGCGAAGGAGAAGAUUACAGAGGCCGGGGAAGAUAGUCUCUUCGCGCCAUUGGAACAAUUGACGCAACAGACGAAGAAAGCCAUGGGGGAGGCAACGAAAUCUGUCCAAGAAGCUUCGAAGAGCGCUUUGGAAGCUAGUAAAACCGCGGCUGGAGUCAGCAAAAAUACAUUCGAUGAUUUAACGUACGUAAGCAAGAGCACUUUUGGAGACUUGACGAAAAGUGCCAAAGAGGUUGCUGCGAAGAAAGGUUUACUCAAGGGCCUUGGCGAUACGCAGCAUUCACCCCCAUCGCCUCCGGGAAUGUUGCAACGAAGAGAUUCGAGUACUACGCAAUUGGUCGCUUCGGAUAACCGCGGAGGGCGCCGGGAAAUCGGACGUGAUUUUUUCAGCAAUAUUAGUAGUGAUUUAAAUGGCAUCGCUACGCAAACGAGCAACAUGUUUAGCGAUCUGUUUGGUAGUAAAAGUAGUUCUAAUCGAAAUACCGGCUCCCCUCAGUCCCAAAAGGCGGAUAAGAAGACACCAUUACUCGGACCUUUCCCUAAAAGUAAAACAGGAUUGGUCGAACGCUCGUCAUUGAUAAAACACUCGACGAAUAAAGCUAAUCAGGAAGAUAUUCAGAGGAUGCAGAAUGCAGAGAGAUCUAGUACAAAUAGCGACAAUCAAGCUUUCCUCACGGAUGUGGUGAAUCAGGUGAUAGCCGGCGAAGGCGUUGGUUGGCUAAAACUGAACAGGCUGAAGAAACUAAUGGAGGAUGAGAGCUAUCGAGAUCUGGUGGUGACGAAACUGAAUAAGGGUCUUCAUAAGAAGAUUAGUCCUGACGAUCAUAUCGACGAUGUGUGUAUCUCGAAACCAGUUUACAAAGGAAUGCUAAAGUGCCUUCAAGCAGUGGCUCACGGUCUUGGACACACUUACAAUAACUUCGGUUUAGGUGGAAUGGCGUCAGUCUUCCAGCUAUUGGAGAUUGCACACACUCAUUAUUGGAGUAAGGAUCUUUCAGAGGGUGGUUUCGAUAGUUCACUAAUGUCUCAAGCAUCUAGCCCAUUUGGCAGCAGGGAAAAUUUGAAGUCUCCACAGUCUCCUAUACAGCCCGAAUUUUCAGACGCACCUCGAAAAUCAGAUACGUCUCAACUUCAUUUGGAUAUAUCACACGGCCACCCACCACCGGCUAACGAAGGGAGCCAUUCUGCGACGGACACGUUCUUCGAUGUGUUCACGAAAAAAGGAAAGUUCCUCAGCAGGCUAACGUCCUUCGACUCUGAGAGUGGGCGGGGAGGUGGAACAGGAAGCAGCGAAGCUUUAUCCACAGACGGAGGUAGCAUAAUCACUAAUCCUGCUUUUCGGCAAGCGCACCAGGCUUCUUUCCGAAGCACUGUCUCUGAUAGCGAGGUCGAACAAGGCAAUUUUUCAAGACAACCGAAGCAACGAACGGGAAGUGUUUGGUCGAGCAAGUCUUCUUUGAGCACCGGUUUCCGGUACCAUGGAGGAAGCUUGGUGCCAACCAUGGCUGCUCCUAGUCCAGAAGCUGCAAGAACUUAUUUAUUCGAAGGUUUACUGGGUAAAGAAAGAUCGUCGCUUUGGGACCAGAUGCAAUUUUGGGAGGAUGCCUUUUUGGAUGCAGUAUCUCAAGAAAGAGACAUGAUCGGCAUGGAUCAAGGUCCUAGAGAAAUGAUGGAAAGGUAUAAGAAUUUGAGCGAGAGCGAAAAGAAACGACUGGAGCAUGACGAAGAUAGACUGCUGUGCACCUUGUUGCACAAUUUGACGGCGAUUUUAGUGAUGCUGAACGUGAAUAAGGACGAAGUGAAACGGAAAGUAAGGCGGCUAUUGGGAAAGAGUCAUAUUGGUCUGAUCUACAGUCAGGAGCUCAAUCAACUUCUCGACCAAAUACACAAUCUUUAUGGGAACGAUAUAGAUUUGAAGCCUCUGACAUCCAGACAAAUGCAUCGUCAAUCUUUCACCGUGCAUGCUGGAGUCGAUGCAGAAGGUGAUCUACGAUUUCUCGAGGUACGCCACGAUGGCCUUGUCCUGAGAUCCGUGAACGGCGUGAUCGUGGAGAGAUGGUGGUAUGAGCGUUUGGUGAAUAUGACUUACAGUCCAAAGAACAAAGUAUUGUGCCUUUGGCAGCGAAAUGGCGGGCAAACUCAGCUGCAUAAGUAUUAUACUAAAAAGUGCAAGGACCUAUACUACUGCAUAAAGGAUGCAAUGGAAAAGGCAGCAGCCCGUGGCCGUGGGGUGAACGCGGGUAUCGAACUCGGCGGCGAGUUUCCAGUUCAGGACAUGCGCACCGGCGAGGGUGGGCUCCUUCAGGUUUGCAUGGAGGGCGUGGGUCUCCUCUUCGCGAAUAGCAAGGAUUUCGAGUUUUUUGUAAGACUCGAUCAUAUCCGCAAGUGCUUUACUCAGAAGGAUGGGAUCUUUGUAUUGGAAGAAUUCAAUCCUAAAACUAGACAAGUAAUUCAACGUAAAUAUAAGUCUCAAAUGGCAGAUCAAAUCUGUUACUCGGUCCUCUGUGUGUUCUCUUACUUGGCCGUUGGGUUGGAGCAAAGAAAGCAACAACAGAACCAACAGCAGCAGCCCCCGCGUCAAUCCCAGCCCCAGCAACAGCAACAGCAACAGCAACCACAACAGCACCAACAACAACCACAACAGCACCAACAACAACCACAACGUCAACAACCUCAGUCACAGCAACGUCAGCAACCACAGCAGAAGCAACAAUAUCAACAACACCAACAAACACAACAACGUGCACAGUAUCAGCAGCAACGUCAACAACAACAGCAACAGCCUCAAACUCAACAACAUUCAGGUAGCAAUGUUGGCCAACCUAAUCAAGGCCAUAGAAACGCGCACCUCGAUUCUUUUCCUAAGCAUCACUGACACAAAGGCAGACACUCGCUCCCAUUUGUGCAUAAUUACAAUAAGUGUGCCCCCUACGCUUGCCUACCUUGGGUGUAAACACUCGUUUCAACUUUAAUCCAUUUGCAUCGUUAAGGAAUUUAAGAGAAUAGGCCUCCCAAAUGUUGGAUGUGGAUGAUAAUGAGUAAAUUAUACGGAUUAUUAGGUAUGAUAAAAUUUGUUGAAGUAAUAAAAAGUUAAUAGCACCUAGGAGAAUUUUCCGGAUGGCACUAGCGACUGAUCGUAAUAAAAUUUGACGAGUUUUAUGGAAAAGAUAUCAUCUUUUAUGGAAAAAGAUAGCGAAUAGAAAAUGUGAAAUCUGAACUUUGGCAAUUUAAAAGAAAGUCUAGGAAUUCAUAUACAGAAUUAGUCAUCAGAUUAUUUACUUGAAUAAUUCGAGAACGAGAAAAAGAAAUGUAAUCUAUUUCAGAUGUUUGCAAAAGUUUACAAAUGUUUGCGAGCAUUUGUAUUGGAAUAUUCACCGAGUAUUUGGGAUUCUCUAUCUGAUGACAAAUGAUUCGCAAGCAUUUCGAUAAAAAUGGACCAAUUAUUUGUUCUUUAAAUAUAUAAAUUCCUGCGUCAUCCUAAUCUCAAUUCCAAAGGGAACGCUAUACACGCUAUUACAUACGGUUCCGAUGCAAAUGGAUCGAAACGAGCACAAAAAUCUAAUCCAAAAAGUCUAAUCUAAAGAAUCUUUAAUUUUCGAAUUCUUAAAAAUCGUUUCAUUUCAACUUUGAUCUCUGACUAUAAAAAAAUUGGUAAUCGUUGCACGCGCCGCUCAAAAGCGGUAUAUCAUCCUCCGAUCAUUCUCAGAGAGUCAGCUCUAAGUUUCCUCUAAAUGUGGAAAACCUGUUUCGUAUUCUAUUCGAGAAAAGUAGUCGAUGGAAUCGAACGAGGGUAUUUUGAGACCGGAAUCAGACUGGAGGGUUAAAACGACAACACGUUACCUAACGAACUAGUUAAGUCGAUUAUUUAACAAAAUAUGAUAUAGUGAAAUUAAGUUGUAAUUUGGUUCCAAAUUCUUUUAAAGAAUUACAGAACUCCGAACUUUAUAACCUCGAUAUUUAUAAAUAUUUAUAAAUAUUUACUUCGCAAAUUAUUUAUCAGAUCGAAAUCUGUCCCUUUUAUUAAUUUCAGUUUAGACUGUUUAAUGUGUUCUAAGGAUAUCCUUUCAGUUGGAAAAUUGAGAAUUAUUCUACGAAUUUCCACUUAGAGUUUGGUGUCUUAAAUAAAAAUAUAUUCUAAUUCAAUGGUAAUUUCUAUGGCAGUCAACGUGUUAAGCGUUUCAUAAAGCAAUUGAAAAAAUAAUUCGUGAAUCAAAAAGUGAAAAGAAAACCAUCGUUGAAAAAUUGGCUGAUUAACUGGACACAAUCGUGAUAAUUAUUUACAAAGCGGGAGUCUUGGGUGUAAAAUGAUUAAAAUGAAUUGCGAAGCAUUUUUUCAACAGUUCUCGAUGGAAGAACUUGAAAAAUUAUCGAUUGACGAUUCGAAGCAAAAUGAUGUUGGUGAUGAUGAUGAUGAUGAUGAUAAUGAUGAUGAUGAUAAUGAUGAUGAUAAUGAUGAUGAUAAUGACGACGACGACGAUGAUGAUGAUGGUGAUGAUGAUGAUGAUGACGAUAAUGAUGAUGACGAUAAUAAUGACGAUGAUGAUAAUAAUAAUAAUAAUAACAAUAACAAUAAUAAUAAUAAUAAUAAUAAUAGUAACGGCAACGUAAUAGAAUAACAAUGGUUAUUGUACAUUCGGAAGUACGGAUUCGAGUGGUAUUUAAAUGAACAAAUAGAAGAUCGCACCGAGUGAUUUACAUGUUCUUUGAUCCCCUUACUAUGGAUCGUAAGGAAGACUUAUAAGAGAAAAGGAAUAUAUCUCUCUAAUAGUUUCAUUCUUUGAUAUGUCGAUUGUGUGCACGUGUAGAGACAUGAAGUAAUAAAGCUUGCGUAGUUGCUGGAGGAAAUAUAACGAGGUAUAAAAACAGCAACUAUAGCAAGAUACAUUUUAUUGCGGGCAUUGAAGAGAAAAAUUUUAAAAAUUUUUAAGGGAACAGGAACUUCAUAAAAUAUACAUCCUGUAUUUUAAAAAUUAUCCAGAUAAUAUACCAAUUGGAAGUGAAAGAUUUAAAAACAUAUAUAUAUAUACAUAAAUAUAAAUCCUCGUAUUAAGUUUUACCUCGCGAAUAUUGUGGUGAUGAUUAUUUUGACAAAUUGCGGUAAAGCAAGAAAUUAUAUUCGUAUAUAACUUCGUUAAAUUUCUCCCAGCAACGAUAAAAAUAUAUUAGUCGUUCGUGAAAGAAAUCUACUUAGACCGCCGUUAAACUAUCCUUCGGAACUUCGAAGAAGAUCCGCGUAUAAUCAAUAGCGUGGUCUUUCUUGGAGGUGUUUUCUAUGAAUAGCACGUAAAGCAAUUCUGAGAUACAAUAAAUGAGAUAGAGAAGAGAAAAAAAAGAAAUAAAAAGAAUAAAAAAAAAGAUAGAAGAAGAACUAAUAUUCGUAUAAUCGGCGGAACAAUUUUGUAUAAAAUACAUCGAAACAGACUGUAACUGUGAUCAUCUAAUUUGAUGGAGAAAAAUGAAGAUGAAAGGAGGUGAAGAUGAAGUUAUUUAAUUUCAUAUGGCCGCAUGAAAUAGUCCAAAAGAGUAUUAUGUAUAAUCUCGGAUAGGAUCGAUACAUAAGCCGUCUCUCCCUCUCUAUACAUAAUCAUGCAUUCAUUUCAACUAAUUGUAUCGUUGUUGUUGCGAGAUCUGUUUUAAGACGUUUUGACUCGUUAACGCCGUUAAGAAAGAUGAACGAUUUUAUUCAGACUUUUUCUUUUCUUUUUUAGGAGUUUAGUCGGAGUCGUAAUAGGUGUGAGGAAUAAUUAUUGUUUUCUAGUCGACGAAUGGUCGGUCUGGAGGAGACAAAGGGAUUAGAAAAAGAGAUUCGUGCUCCACGUUGAUCUUGAAAUUUGAAAUCUCGUGAAUUCUUUGGGCUUGGUCAAUAAUUUUAUUUAAAAGAAAUUUAGAGUCGAGGAAAUUACAAAUUCUCAAAAUUCAUAGAUAAAGUUAGCUAAAGUUAGCUAAUAUUAUGCUAAUUUUGUACAAAAAAUAGUUGAAACUUUUCUAUUGUCUAAAAGUCAAAACUUCCAAACUUGAAACAAUUAAAACAUGAAAUUCCUAAAAUUGAAAAUAUAAAAAUAACAAAUUCUCAAAUGCGAGAAUGUUAAAAUAUAAAAUUUCCCAAUAUUUCAAGAAUGUUUACACUAUUUAACAAUAAUCAUUUUAUAAUCCUUAAAAUAAUUUGAGGAUUAAAUUAAUUAAGGAUUAAUCCUUGAUAAUGCUGACCAAAAAAAAAAUAUUCCUUAAUUCCACGUUCCAAAUUUCAGGAUCAAUUAUAUGCUCUCUCCCUAAAGUUGCAAUAAAAGAAGAAAAAUGUGUAAAAAGGCGAUGAGUAUAGUGGUUAAACAGACGUAUAACAUAUUCUCUAAACUAACGGGCUUUAAAUCUCCAAGGCUGACUAUUUGCAUACUUUACCUCAUGAUAGUUAACGCGAAGUAAGAAAGGAAUGAGUCGGUCGUGCUAAUGUAACAAGUUAAUUACGUAUAUAUUUUAGUAUGAAUACUAAAUAAUGUAAAGGUUAAUGUAUAUUUGUAAUGAAUGUCGAACCGUCGAAUACGAGCGUCGAUUUAUCUCCUUAUUUUAUUCGAAUUUAUUAAAAUUAAAAAUACGUACUACGAUCAAUUUUCCGAUUUAUCAAGAUUAUCAUAGCGAAUAAAAGGAAAGAACAGCCGUAAGUAUACGAGAUAAUGAAACGUCGCAUUUCUGAACAUUUAUCGUCUAAAAUAAUAAUUUUAAAUUACGAUUGUUAAUUUACGAUUUUGUUGUAAGCUUGGCCGUAAGCACUGAUCGUAAGUUUGAGAUUAACUUUUUAAUUUAAACUUUAGAUUCGUUUCUUUCGUGCUUAGUGUACGAAAGUGAAAAGUUGAGAAAGAAAUACAAAAGAUAAAAAGUAAAGAUUUGAGAUUAAUGAUUUAGCAUGGAAAUUCGAAAAUUUGAACGUUUUCCGAAUAUCUUAGAUAUAAUAGCAAAUCAAAUUUUAAAUAAUACAAAUUUCAUAUAUGAGGGUCCAUUACUUAUUAAUACUUGUUUCGCUACUUGCAGACUUUAAUAACUUAAGACGAUUACUGAAGAAUUAUCCUGCUCUCAGAUAAUUGGUAAUUAUAAAUAAACACAUUUGUUUUUAAAUUUCAUCUAAAAAUAAAUUCGAUGUUAAAUGUAAUCUCAAACUUAUAUUCAGAACUGCACAUCAUUUUUCACACGUAACAAGUCAAACUUUACGAUAUGUAUCACCUCUUCAAGUUAUUAUAUCUCGUAUCUGUGAUCUUAAAUUUUGUAAAUCAAUCCUACGUUUAAGUUUAAUUAUUGUUUCUGGUGAUGUGCGUGCAACGGAAGAUACAAACAAAAAAAUGAAGCUUCAAAUUACAUACAUGUACUUACAUUUCGUAGAUAGACCGUGUUGUCGAAUCGAUACGGCUGAAACUCAACGUGUUCCCCUGCAAACAAGAAAAUAAAAAAAUAAAAUUUCACAUAUCUCGUAUGUAAGAGGAAACCCACGAGCAUUCUAUUCCUCCAUUGUUCUGUCCGCACGUGAUUAGCCUUUUCAAUAAAAUUAAUUAUGAAAAUUAUUAUUUGAAAUAGUGAGUUUGAUAACAAAUAUAAAAAUUUAGUGAAAAGUUAAGAAAAAGAUCAAAAGCCUAGAAAUACUUCCGAAGGUUUAACGAACAAAGGCAAAGUUUGAAAAUUUCUAAAAGUUAUUAGGAUUUUGAAAAAUCUUGAUGUCUUGGAAGUUUCACAAAAAUUGAUUCAUUUCACAAAAUAGAUAUAUAUAUAUAUAUUAAUCCAAUAAUUCAUGAAAUUAAAAGCUGGGAAGUUUUGUAAUUGAAAAUUCUAUCGAACGAUUUAGAAAAUUAAGAUAUACAUUAUUUCAUUACUUUCAUAAUUCUCCAUUUUUUGUUCUUUCCUUUAAACACGUUUCAAUUCGUAUUUUUAAACCUCGAACACAACUCCAUUUUAAUCAAAAUUUUAUUGAUAAAUAUUAUUGGAAAGUUAGCAUAAAGACGCGUAUCAAUGAAUCUUCAGAGAAGUAUUUUUAUACUUCUGACCCAUACGAUACGUUUAUCUUGUAAAACCGGGCUCUGAAUUAAUAUCAGACUGUGUUUUAUUUAAUCGUGGAACACAAUUAUACACAUAUAACAAAUUAGAGAAUAACUUGUUAUUAAAAAGACAUGUUCUUUAUAAUGUUCAACGUACCCUAUAAACAGAGAACAAUUCAAUAAACAAAUUUAAUCUAAUUUCACAAUUAAUUGAUAAACUACGAUAAAUAACGGAUCGUGUCGUUUGUACGUGUUACAAUUAAACGAAAAUGAAUAUACGAUCAUGAACAAAAGUUUGAGUUUGAACAAAAAUUGACAUAGACUAGCUCUAUUUGUAAAAUUCUUUGUAAAACUUGUAAAAAGCAUGAUUCCUUUUUUUCUUGUAAAAUAUAAGAUUUCUGAGUAUAGCUAAUAUCAAUUUUAUGUUUCAUGAAUAACUGUUGUGAGAACUAAAAUUUCUCUUCUAUUCAGAGUUUUUAUAUUAAUCCUGAAAUCAUUAUUUUUCUAUUUCUAUAUCGGUUCUCAAACGGUUUUAGAAUCAAUUUUCGUAUUUUCUAGUAAUUGAAAUAUAUUGCAUUAAAAACAAUUCAUCAUAUAUUUCUAAUUAUUCAUUUUCAUACUGCGGGUGCUUAACAAUAAAUUAUAAUAUAUUUGAUCAUUAUACUCGAAGGAAUCGUGUAUUCAUCAUUGUCACAACGAUACGUGACGAAUUUAAUAACAGGCGAACGAGAAUGAAUACUAACAAUAAUAAUUAUAACAAUGAAAUGGAAAAAAGCAGAAAAGUGUUUUAUUAGAGCUUCGAUCGGGAGCAGAUGCGAUACAAAAUUUCAAAUGUAUAGUAAUGUAGGCGCCUUAUAUCAAUAAAUAAGUUGUAGAUUUGAAGCGAA